UUUGUUCAUCUUUUACAACUACUUGUUCUUGCAAUGUCCAACCGCCAAAUAUCCAUCCUUGCCGAAUUAUUCAUUCAUACAUUCAACUCAAUAUAUUCUCAGAACCAAAAAUGGCGUUCAACGAGCACCCUCGACGAAUCAUUCGCAAUUUCAUUCCUGUACAAGUUUGUAAGGAGCUGGAGUUCAUCCACAAGAGCAAUUGUACAGUUGGGUAUAGGCCUAAUGUCUUUUCCACUACUCUCUCUCAUCUCAUCGCCACCAAUUGCGCGCAUCUUAUUAUGCCCUUCAUCCCAAUUCGAGAGAAGUUGAAGGAGAAAGUUGAGGAAGUGUUUGAUUGUGAAUAUGAAUUAUUUGUUGAAUUCACUGGUUUGAUUAGCUGGAAUAAAGGAGCAAGUAUUGGAUGGCACAGUGAUGAUAACAGGCCCUAUCUGAAACAACGUGACUUUACGGCAGUCUGCUAUUUAAACAGCUACGGACAGGAUUUUACUGGCGGCAUGUUUCACUUUCAGGAUGGGGAGCCAGCAAAUUAUCUGCCUAUGGCUGGGGAUCUGGUCGUGUAUUCCGCUGACAACCACAACAUACAUUGUGUUGACGAGAUAACUGAUGGAGAGCGACUUACACUAACACUCUGGUUCAGCCGCAAUAGUUCAUUUGAUGAAGAUGCUAAACUCGUUUCACUUUUGGCUCAGAGCAAUUUAGAUAACGAGUCUGCUUCAUGCAUCCCCUUACCAGCACCUAGCAAUAUGUAUUGGUUUUCUUUAGAUCAGGAUUUUGAUAAUCAACGAGGCUAUGACAUAUGCUUGGCAAGAUUAUUCUUUUUGGGAUUUGAUAUCUAUACCACUCAAGGAAGGACUUGUAUUUCAGAAAAGCAUUUAAUAGAGAGCUCUGAUGUACUCAUAAAGCCAUUGAAGCUUGCUAGGGAAGACAAAUUAUAUGGACGAGAAUUUGCCAACCUGUUGCAUGCCCUCCAAGUUGUACAAUUCUAUGUCUGGAAACGCCCAAUCCUGCAAAUAUCGGAAGAUACCAUGGAUAGUGGUACUAUUACACUAUUAUCUGAAGAACAAAAGGAGGUUGUUCGCGAGCUAAGAUCUGUUUUCUUAACUGCUAAUCAGUUGGAUAAUACAAUAUUUUGUGAUUCAUCUCCUGGUAAGAGCAGGGAAUUUCAUUUUGAUUGGGCUUGCUUUUCUGUUGCCGAAACAUCAUUGGAAGAAUACACAUUGGAGUUGCAUAAGCAAUUUCUGAUGCAUCUACCAUUCUGGAAAGAUUAUCGAUCUUUAUUUUCUGUUUGCUCUUCAGUUAUUGAGGAAUGAAUUUGAUUGCCACAUUCCUCUUAUUUAUGCCUCAUUCGCUUCUCUUAUUGUCCUACUGUUUGAUGUGUUACUAAUGGAUAUCUGAUUUUAUAUGCUAAUAUUCCCAUUUCCUUUUGAUUUCCCUCUGUCCAGCAUCUUCGCAUUCUGCUAAACAGAGCUUUCUGUUAAAUAUUGGUGUCUUUUGACCCAAAAAUUAUGUUUUUCUGGGGAUUUAAGCUAUGUUUUACUGUGCUCUUUGUUA